CGGUUCAGUUCUACUUCAGUACUUUGUUCAGUUCUGUUUGGGCACCAGCGUGUCCCAGUGAAGUCCAGUUUUGGUCCUGUUACAGACUUUGUUUAGUCCUGCUACUUUCGGCUCAGUCGUGGUUGAGUUUCGUCUUUAGUCUUGGUUUACUCCUGGUUGAGUCCAUGAGAAUCCGCUUUAGACCUGGUUUGGUUCUGUUUUAGUCCUGGAUUUAUCCCUGGCUGUGUUGGCAGAGUUGAUUACAGAGAGAUAUGGUCAGAGAAACCACGCUUCAACCACCACAGACCUCCACUGACACAGAGAUGAUUUUGGAUGUGUUGAUAAUCGGAUCGGGGCCCCAUGCUCUGACCCUCUCCACCCUGCUGUCCAGCCCAGGCUCCUCACCUCACACUGGGCACGGAGCUCCACAGUCUCCCCCGACUUUAGAAACAUCCAGACUCUCCAAAACAAAGAGCAGAGGCAGGAGGAAGAUCAGGACAGCAACAGCGAGUGUGGUGGACCCUCCGUGCCCAGAGGCUCCAGGGCCCCCAGACACUUCGACCUGCCCCAAGAUGAGGCUCUCGGUGGUGGAUUCGUACGGACGCUGGGCUGGCCUUUGGGAGGGUCAGUUUGUGGCUCUCAACAUCCCUCACCUCCGCUCUCACACUCUGGUGCACACAGAUCCAUUCCACAAGAAAGCCUUACAGGACUUUGUGGUUAAGUCUGGCCGUUCCUCUGAGCUCCACAGUCUCCCCGAUCAGGUCUACAUCCUGGACGAAAACGCCUAUUUCAACGACAUGCGGCUGGGCAAGAAGGAGCAGAGACGCCUCCACGUGUCCUCCAGCCUGAAGAGGAACCCCAGCUUCAGCCUGCCCGGGACCAGACUCAGCGUGGACUUUUUCCGCAACCAGGUGGAGCGUUACAACCUGGACUCUUUGCUUCUGAAGGGGACGGUGGAGUCUAUUGUCCCGGUGAUGGAGCAGGAGCGGCCUGUAGGGGGCAGCACUGACUCCACAGCUCACAGGAGGGUCAAGUACUUCCGGGUCGGACUCCAGGACUGCUCCGAACUCAGGGCCCGCCGCGUCGUCAUGGCAACAGGGCCGACACGAGCGCAGAUGGCCAACGUCCCGUCCUGGGUGUCAGCAAUCGGAGAGAGUUAUCCAGAGGGGGCGCUACAGCACACUGUCAAACUAAUGCAUCACCUACCUCUGAGUCAGACCUCACAAACACAAGGUGACUUCACCAGAGUGUGUUAGGGUCAGUGUGUCGUGUGCACAGAGGGGCAGAGGGUGAUGGUGGUAGGAGGAGGUCUGACCAGUGCGCAUGUAGUUUCCAUCGCUCUCCAGCAGGGGGCCAGUCAUGUCACCUGGGUCAUGAGGAAGUACUUACAGUUGAAGCAGUUUGACGUGGGCGAUGUGGAGAGCCUGGUGGGGCGAUAUUCCCACGUGGAGCAUGGGAUCCAGAUGGACGGCAGAGCGUUUCUGUGUCAGUUUUACAGCGAGAAAAGCCUCCACAGACGACUGGCCAUGAUCCGACAGGCGCGGAAAGGAGGAGCCGUCACCCCCGAGGCCUACACCCACCUCCAACCAUUCAUACAAGAGGGACGGGUGCAACUCAGGACCUACUGUGAGGUGAAUGAAGCCAGAUGGUGCUACAGAACCCAGGCGUGGUCCCUCUCUCUCACCACCGGGGGGCAGUGGAGCGGUGAUGUGAUCUGGCUCGCUACAGGCUGCAAACUGGACGCCAAGCAAGACCCUCUGCUGUCUGAAGUAAUCAAAGAGUUCCCUAUUCAGGUUCUUGAUGGCUGGCCCUGUAUCUCUGAGAGUCUGCAGUGGGCGGAGGGCUGUCCUCUGUAUCUGAUGGGGCAGUACACUGCGCUACAGAUUGGGCCUCAUGCAGUGAACCUGGCUGGAGGACAAGCAGCGAGUUACAGAAUUGCUAAACACAUUUGGCAUCAACUACAACAAAACCAAGAUGAUCCGCACAACACGGAGAAGAAUGACAGAUCGAAGACUGAGGAGUAUGUUCAGCAGAUGCACGGACUCCUGUGGCUCUAGUCAGUCAUGGCCUCUGCUUUUGGAAUAAUAAUAAACCUAAUAUAUGUGUUUUCACAAUCACAGUCGAGAACGUAAUGGACUCAAAAAAGUUGUCAUUGCCAGAUGUGACCACUAGGGCUUGAUGAGGACGAUGUGUUAUGCAUCCAGGUUAACAAGUGUGGCAUUUAAGGGGAACGACCUGUCCCACAGUGUUUAUAUGUGACAGUGUUUGUGUCUCAGGGAACUCGAGCUCACAAGAGUCACUUUUGUGUAAUAUAGGACUUUUAAGGUGGUGCAAAGCACUGGAUUGGUUUUAGCUUCUACCUAAAUGCACUGAAUACUUUCGUAGAUAUUUUAUUUGGCCAAAGCCGCUUACAUCUCCCAGUGUGAGUGACCUUGCUUGAGACGGUUUCUCAGCAUGCCAUUCUGCAGCUGUUUUCAGUCAUGUGACCUGACAGCUGCAGACACAGACUACAAACUUCCUGUUAAACUCUUAACACUCUGACAUGAUCACAGUUGACCGUGUCUGUGAGUUAAACAUGUGCGAAUGAAACAAAACACAACUCUGGGUGUUUUUGUGAUGAGGAAACAACAUUAUAACACAGAUCAGAAAAUAGGCCCUUUAAUAUGGACAUUGUAAUUACACUGGAUUAGAUCAGAUGUAUUGUUUUAGUGUUUAUAGCACGACUGUCCAUAGAGACUUCUGAAGGGGUCUAGAUGAUGAUGUUUUUUUGAACACACAAAACCAUCCAAACUGAAACGAUGUCACGCGAACCGCUACACUCACCAACUCAGUCAUUUAGAACAUUCAGUAUAUUCUAAAAUGUACGUAUCUAAAAAGUAUUCAACUUAUAUUUUAAUAGACGACAGGUGGGAUUUAAAAGACUCAUAUUACUCUAUUUUCUGAUUUAUGUUAAAAUGCUGUUUCCUGCUUCAGAUAUAUAUGAUUAUUGCUAUAUUUCUAUAUUUUAUUUUUUCAAAUAGAUUUGUAGAAUUAUGGCUUA